GCGUCAGUAGGCGCCAGACUCAGCCAGGAUCACUCGGUGACCGAUGAGCUUCAUUAAAGGAAAAGUUUUUGGCCUCAGGAAUCUGAUGACCUUCGUGGUGUAUGGGUUGUUGAUCCUUCUCUUCUCCCUCACAAUGGUUCACUGGCACAGCCACAUUCAGCCACAAUUUUCAACUUUAUCACUUCGUAUAUUAGGUGAGGGUGAAGUGGGCCAGAACCAGAAGGAUGAGACUGGUGGGUUCCUGAGUGUCUUACAUCGCUCCGUUAAGAGAAAGCUGAUAUCUGGUGCCCUGCCCUUGUCCACGAGCAUCAAGUCAGAGUGGAAAUUGUGGGGAAACGAUUCGCAAGAGAGUCCCUGUUCUAGUUACACCACCAGCCUCAUAAAGAAAGGUUUCCUCGGUGAAGGCCGCCCCCUCUCUGAAACCCUCGUGAGCAAGACACACAAAAAUGUUCGACUAUCAUUUAAUUACCAUGCCUCCAGCAUCAGGCACCCCACCUUGCUGCUCAUCAGAAACCCCGCCAACGCUCUGAUCUCCUUCUACAAGUUCAGUAAGAGUCACAGUCACGUAGACCAGAUUUCAUACGAGCUCUUCUCUUCAGAGAACUUCCACAAGUUUGUGAAGACCAACUUGGUGAAAUGGAUGACUCUGGCCGUUACUUCACUUACGAUGAACGAUGCACCGCUAUACGUGCUGUACUACGAGCGUUUAUUGGAGAACCCCAUAGAGGAACUGACCAAGGUCCUCGCCUUCCUCGGCGUGCCCAUAGACGAGGGCAGAAUGGCCUGUAUCGCCUCACACUUAGAGGGAAGCUUCAAGAGGAAUGGCAGCAAGAAAAUCAACCCUUACACCGCCGAGGAGAAGAUUAGUUUGAUAGAGGCGGCCAAUGCUGUCAAUAGAACCGUCCAGGCAAUGGGUUAUUUGCCUCUUCCGACCUAUGAUUGAACUCCCGCCCCGAUCCACAGGCCCCUGACCCCCGUUUGUGCUACCAUCGGGUCAUACAGUGUAUAGUGCAAGGUCUUCACUUUGGCGAUGAGUAUGUUGUGGUUUGUUGGUGGAUUCUUAUAGGUUUAAUUUCAUUGUGUCAUUAUGUCCUCUUGAUUUGUUGCACCACUUUUUGUGAAAAUAGUCUCUUAUAUUUUGCAUGCUAUGAAGACAAGUAAUAUUUAUAAACUCUACCUAUAGGUAAUGUUUAAAAGCUCUCUCUAUGGGUAGUAUGUACAAACAAUCUCUCUACGUAAUGUUUAUAAACACUCCCUACAAAGUACAUGUCAAGAAGCAAAAUA